CUUGAAAAAGCCUACACUGUUUAUUUUGCUUUUCUGUGGAUAUCUGGUCUAAUUUAGAAACAGUUUGUGCAGAGGUCUGUCUUAUCUAGUAAUGGCUCUAAAUCUAUUGGAUUACUGGAGGGAUUUUGCCUUCAAUUAAUCUGGACUGGGAAAGCUGAAGACAGCUGUGAAGACAACAGCUCCAUUUUGUUGCAGGCUAUCCUCCACUGUGGCUGUCUGUGCAGGUUCCAGGCAUUGUUGCAGCGGGAUGAAUCUCUUUUGCUUUUCCCUGGAGGGCUCUAUGGACAGUCUUUAUGAACCAGUCCAAGAUCCACAUGAUACUCAGGACUAUACAGCAAGCAGCAGACCAACAAGCCCUGCUGUACAAACUGGGGGGAUACUACAAAAUCAGGGGGCAGAGAAGUCCAUCUCAUUGGAAUUGUUGCAUUCUCGUAAUGUGGAUUUAAAGAAGAAAAAAAGAAGGGCUCCAAUACCAAGGUCGACGUCUCACAAUGAAUCUUUUGACUGCAAUAAUCUCUUCCGACAGACUUCAAGGAAAAAGGAAAGCAGCAUAAAUAACGCAAAGAAUCAUUUUCAGGAAGCUCACGGUGCAUAA